AUGUCUUCACAAUUUCGGAAGCGUAAAUUGGACGACGAAUUAAAGAAACAAAAAUCAAUAAAAGUAGAAGCUAACAGCGAUGCGUCUAUGUACAAAUCUCCUUCGAUGACACAAGGUUUUGAAAUUAAUGAUUCUAACCUAUCUGCAGCUUCUGUUGAUAAAGGAGACGUUUUUAAUAAUGACGAGCAUAAACAAAGAAAACAGGCAGAUGUGGAAUUUAUUAAAGAUAUAAUACCUAAUGAUAAUAAAAACAAACGUGUUUUCGGUUAUAAUUCAGAAAGGCAAUUUGCUCCAGCUCCAGGAAUCCCGGGACAACAUGUAGAACCUCAUCGCCUUAGAGAGCUGAGGUCAAGAGUCAGAGAGUUAGUUGGAGUAUCGAAUUUCCCUGCGCAACCAAUUAGUUUUAGUUCCGAGCAUAUACAGGAAUUGCAAAAUGAAGAUUAUUAUGUUUGUGAGAAAACAGACGGAACCCGUGUAUUAGCUUAUAUUACAUGUGAUAGUCCUGGGAAUCCAGCUGUUUUUUUGAUAUUACAGAUCGAUCGCAAGAAUUAUUAUCGAUUAAUUCCAAAUUUAUUGUUUCCUAUUCCUGAAGACCCAACAUUUUCAAAUUUUCAUAAUGAAACAAUAAUAGAUUGUGAAUUAGUAAAUGAUACUGAAAAUGAUGGAAAUCUUUUGGUUUUCGAUUUGUUAGUAAUGGAUAAAAAGAACUUCAUGAAUAAGCCUCUUAACAAAAGAUUGGGCUAUCUUCGUGAUUAUAUUAUGACCCCCUAUGAAAAAAUGUUGCGUAAACGUUCGGACCUUGCGCAAAUGCAACCAUUUUAUGUAAUAAAGAAAGAAAUGGAAUUUUCUUAUGGACUAGAAAAAGUUUUAAAACAAAUUAUACCAUCUUUAAAGCACAAAAGCGAUGGAUUAAUUUUUACAUCAUUAACAUCAGGUUAUUCGACAGGAACUUUCGAGAAAAUGUUAAAAUGGAAACCACCAAAUGAAAAUUCCAUUGACUUUAAAUUACAUUUCGAAUUCUCAAGCCAUAAUGAGAAUGAUAAACCGAGAUUUUGUCUUUAUAAAUGGAUACAAAAGGAUGAUCAUAGAUAUUUUGAUGAUAUGUAUGUUACCGAUGAAGAGUGGGAGCAGUUUUGGAAACAUGAUUUUCAACAAUACGAAGGACGUAUUGUUGAAGUGGUUUAUAAUCCUUCAAUGAAUCCACCAUGGAGGUUUAUAAGGUUUCGCGAUGAUAAACCACACGCAAAUCAUCAUACAGUAGUUGAAAAAAUAAAACAAAAAAACGAAACUGAAAAGAUAUUUUAUGUUAGAGCUAAUUGGAAAGUUGAUCCUUUCAAAGGUCUAUUAGGUCGUGAUGAAAAAGUUAUUUGUGAGUUAGCCGUAACUGACUGUAAAUCAUUUUGGACGCGAAAUGUUACCAUAAUAGAUCUAAAAGGUACCAAACCGGAUAGUAUACGCGAUACUCAGAAAUUUUGUGAAGCUACACAAGCAGCUUUAUCAGGACGCGAUAAAUAUGAAAAUCAAAAAUUAUCGUGUCAAAUCACAGUUCAUGAAAGUAACGCCAAGUUCAUAUGGAAAUGGUCAAUGCAACAAACUGGAGCAUCCGCAAUGGCCUUACAAUUCACACUUGGAAAUAUUUCACUAUUUCCUGUUUCACAAUUUGAAACCGUAAAGAUGUGGCAAGAAUGGACGGAUUAUUUUAUUGAAGAAAGAAAUCAACUCAUAAAAAGUAAAAAUGUGUAUGAUAUACGUGUUAAUGAUUUGGAGCAAUUUAGAGAUCAAAUGCAAGAAAAGAUUGAAGUUAUGACUAUUGAAAAGAUACUUCAAGAAAGUUCUGAAUACCAAGAAAAAGAAAGUGAAAAGGUUGAUGAAAGUUCCAUCAUGUCAUCAACUUUUCAAGCAGAUUUAAAUAAUCCCUCAGAUGAAUAUUUAGAUGAAAAUGAGUUAGAAGAAGAGGAGUUUCAUGAAAGUAAACCUGGCAGGAAAGAUAUUGCCCGUGGUAAAUCUUCAUCAAAAUCUAGACCUUUUUCUAUUGAAGUCUCUUCUCCUUCUAAAAAAGCCAAAUUAGAUGAUGUGUCUGAGUCAAAGAGUACAAUUGUAAGCGAUUCGACAAACGAAGAUCAAGAAGUAAAACAAAAACCCGAAUCUGUUUUAACUAAAACUUUUCGAGGUCAAGUGAUUAAAUCAAGAAGGAUGGGACGAAAACUUGCUUCAGGAUCAAAUGAUUCAUUAAACAAUAUUUUGAUUCCUUCUGAAGAACAUGAACCUGAUUCCUCUCAAUCUUAUAGCCCCGAGAUCGAAGAAUUGAAUGAGACUGAAUCAGCAGAUGACUUAUUAGCUCACAU